GCCGCCGCCACGUAAUCCCAACAAAAUCCAGAACCGCCCUUUUUCCCUUCUUCUCUACGCGAAGUUUUCAGUCUUGCGUUUCGGACCCAAGAAAAAAAAAGAAGAAGAAGAAGAAGAAGGUGCCGGGGAAAUCGGCAAUCCGAAAUUCCGUUGUAGGUCGCCGCCGUAAUCUCCUAUGAUAAAUUGUGGGUAAUCGGAAUUUCGGAUCUUUUUUUCGGGGAUUCUAUUUUCGUUGUUGUUGGAGUCGUUUUGAAGCCAAAAACUAUAAGGAAUCAACCAAACCCACAUCAGCUUCCCCGUCAUUAGCAGGUUCUUCGCCGAUUUCAUUUCCGAUUUAGGGUUCUUUUUUUCCUCCCCCAAUCUCCCCGAUAAUUUGCUGCUCGCUUUUCUCUCCAUUUCAUUCCGAUUACAUCUGCCUCCGAUAAUUAUGUUUAGGCUUAGUCUAAUGGCGACAGCAACAAUGGCGACGGCAGCCGGUGUGGCAGCCCUUCUGUACUACACUUUGAACCGUAAACUAGAGACGGGCGAAUCACCCCAUGAUGAUGAUGAAAAUGAUAGUGGCAGUGAGGUGACAGCAACUCGGAUGCAGUUGGGGAUCAAUCGCGUCUCUAGUAGAUUGAUUCAAGCUCCUGGUACAUGGUUAGAGACCAUCUCUACUCUGUCUGAGACUCUCAGGUUCACUUACUCCGAAACCCUUGGGAAGUGGCCGAUUGCUGACUUGGCAUUUGGGAUUAACUUCCUAUUGAAGAGGCAGGGAAACUUACUUGUUGCUGAGGUAUUUGGCAGUAAAGAUAGUAUGCAGCUAGAGGGACCAGAAAUAGCUGCAGAACUAAAGUACCUCUUACACUUGUUAACCUUGUGUUGGCAUUUCUCAAAAAAGCCUUUUCCUUUAUUUCUGGAGGAGACUGGAUUCAGUGUGGAAAAUGUUCUUCUUCAAGAGCCCAAAGCAGGAAUAUUGAAGCCCGCAUUUACAGUCUUAGUUGAUCACCCGACGAAACAGUUUCUGCUAUUGAUACGAGGGACGCAUAGUGUCAAAGAUACGUUGACAGCUGCAACUGGAGCUGUGGUGCCAUUUCAUCACACUGUCGUCCAUGAGGGAGGAGUGAGCAACUUGGUUUUAGGUUAUGCUCAUGGCGGGAUGGUUGCUGCUGCUCGAUGGAUUUCAAAGCUAGCAAUUCCUUGUCUCAAGGAUGCUCUUUCCCAGUAUCCUGACUAUAAGCUCAAGAUUGUAGGGCAUUCGUUGGGUGGAGGAACUGCAGCACUUUUGACCUAUGUAAUGCGGGAACAGCAUGAGUUCUUAACAACUACCUGUGUUACGUUUGCUCCAGCUGCUUGUAUGACGUGGGAAUUGGCUGAAUCUGGCAAUGAUUUCAUCACUUCUGUUAUAAAUGGAGCUGACUUAGUUCCUACAUUUUCCGCUGCUUCUGUGGAUGAUCUUCGUGCAGAGGUCACAGCAUCUGCAUGGCUGAAUGAUUUGAGGAAUCAGAUUGAGCGUACAAGGAUACUAAGCACGGUUUAUCGUUCUGCUUCGGCAUUGGGUUCUCGCCUUCCAUCCAUGGCCAGUGCGAAAGCUAAAGUUGCAGGAGCAGGGGCUAUUUUACGCCCAGUUUCAAAUGGUACACAGGUUGUGAUGAAGAGAGCUCAGAGCAUGGCUCACGCGGCAUGGACAACACGCCCCUCUGCCCUUACUUUAUCUUCAUGGUCGUGCAUUGGACCCCGCCAUCGUAACACUGCUGCUCAUUCAAACACAGGUGAAGGAAGUUCCCCUCAUUCACCCUCCUCCAAAAUCGAAACUUCUCGACCUCUACUAUCACCCAUGAAGAAAACCGCAAAGAACUCCACUUCAGAUGACAUCGACGACAUUCCCAUAUCGACUUCAGGAGAUCAAUGGACUUCCGAAAUAGAAUGUUCCUGCACCGACGAACCUCCUCACCAUCACGAUGACAUCGAUGAUGAUGACAGCGAUACGCACGAAGACCAAAUAAAUGAAGUUGAGCUGUGGCAGCAGCUAGAGCACGAGCUCUAUGAAGGCGACGAGGAUGCUGAUGUGGUGAACGAGAUUAGGGAGGAAGAAGCCGAAGCCAUCGCUGAGGUGGACGGGUUAGGUGAAGAAGCCUCUGCUGCUCCACAGGCAAAGGAAGUUCAUAGAUUCUUCCCUGCUGGAAAGAUUAUGCACAUAGUUACGUUUCCUGUUGAGGACGAGACUAGUGAUGAUAGUGAUGGCAGUGGCUCUUGCUCCCCGAGUUCAGAGGAUGAGAGAAAGAAGACGGUAGCAAUGGAGACUAGGGUUGGGAUUUUUCUUACAGAGAGGUCGCUUUAUAGUAAAGUGAGAUUGUCUCAGACCAUGAUCAGCGAUCAUUUCAUGCCGGUGUAUAGGAGACAGAUAGAGAGGGUGAUACAAGAGCUUGAGAAGGAAGAAGUAGUUUCUGACCAUGAUGACAGUCAUAGUGAGGAAGCAUUGUUAUAGGAAUAAUAAAUACAUGAUUUCUGGAAGUCUACACAGGGACCCAGGAAUGAGCAGAAUAACCUCAGCUGAGUUUUCAUAGGAUUCUUAAUCCAUUGCAGCAGGUAAGGUAUUUACAAGCACCUGAAGCACUGUAGAUUCUGAUGUGCUACUGAGAUCUGGUUUAGCCAGCAGUUCUCUCUUCUUGACAUGGAUCUGAAAGUGGGGAUGGAUGAGGCUUUUGGGUUUGGCUGUCUCAUGUGUAGAGCUACUUUACCCUCUUUUUGCUUCUACCACUAGACUAGAGGGAUUUUGAGAAGUAACCUGUAACUUGGCAUGGUGUCCACUUUGUUGCUUCCGUGGUGAGAGCUUGAAAUGAACUGAAGUUAGUUCUUGGUGAGGAUUAGGAUUCUGAGAAGCCUGGCAAGGUUUGUGCAUAUUUAGAUAGGUUUCCCUUUUUCACUUUUAGGGUUGAGGAUGCCUCGAGGACACUUCCAUUGUAACUUUAGUUGUUAGUCCUUGAUAUUGGGAAUAAGCUAAAUAAAACAGAUAUUUGCACAAUCAAUUCAUGACAUUUCUG